UUUUUCUUUAGAUAACAUUUAAAAACUCAACUUGCCAAACAGAUAAAAUAUUAAAAAAAUUGGCAUUGGGAAGGAUUAAAACAUCAAUUCAUAUGAAUCAAAAUCUUAGUAAAAGUACCAAUAUGAGUGGCAGACUCAAGAAUUCAACUCCUCAAACCCCCAACAUAUGUCCGCAAGUUCGUAGCCGACCACGUAACCGCCAAUUUCGUUUAAUGUCGACAUCAGCAAAUGAAGAGGAACUAUCUCCCAAUUCACCGCCCACUAUUCUUAACAUAGUGGUACCAAGUCAUAUAGGCAGUGAAACUUCGGUUGUAAGUUCUGGUUUAAAUGCAGCAUCGUUAAAUGUGGUCACAAAGUCAUCGGCGCCAUUUGUGCCGUCGCCGCUGUUAGAUUCGAACGAGUACUAUGAGAAUUCACAACAUCCGCAUUGGCUUGAAGAGUCUAAUUCAACCAUUAAAUCGUCCACAAAGAAGUGCCAGUCAAAAUCUACCAAAAUUGAAAAAACGUUUUCUAAGGAGGACCACUUUGAGUCUCAACAAUCAGCUAAAAUCUGUCAUCCUUUUAAACCCCUACAAUAUGACGUAAGCUAUUUGAAGCAGCGUCUGGUCAAGUACCGUGCUGAAACAGAAAGUUGUGGAGAUGCAGCUAAAUUGAAUGAGCAAUUAAAUGAAAUAUUUAUUCGACGCUUGGUAGACAUUGAAAAUAUGGCGAAAGGUGAUACGGAUAUCAAGCUUGUAACUUAUCAGGAAUGGGUGGAUAUGCUAAUGCAAAUCAACGAAGUUAUCAUUUGUAAUAUGACAGAUCUAGAGAGCGAGGUUGCAGAAAAACUAGAAUGCAUGAAACGUCGGAUUCAAUCCAGCUGUAGUCAAACCAGCAAUAAUGAACAUAAAUAUCGUCAGGACAUUUGUUCUCUAAUGAAACUCAUAAAAAACGCCUAUCAUCACGAUAACUGGGAUAUUGAGGGGCUUGAAUUUCAGACGGUAAAUCUACCUGAAAUUUUGGGCACGAGAAAUAUCACUUGUUCGGACCUGCAACAAUCAAAUAUUAUGACGCUAGAAUGCGGCGAAGAUGAUCGAGACUCCCCCAAUAGGUGUUGUCUUAAAGAGCCCGAGUGCGUUUUGCAAAAUGUUGUAUUUGAUCCGCCUGAUGUUGGGGGUGGGGAAAAUGAUCUACAUUCGAGCUGCGUCGCCAGUUGCGCCAAUACCUGCAAACUAAACGAAAACAUGGAAAAUGUAACAGAUAACUCAUUAGAUCUAUGCAAAAAGAGUUGCCUUGCAAAUCAAUAUAACUCCAAUUCGAAUUUGCGUGCUUUAGCGGAGGAGGUAGCCGAAAAACAUGAUGAAAUCUGUGACUUAAGGCGACAAAUUUCUUGCUUAGAGGAUGAGAUACAGAAGGCGCAACAAAAGAUUCAGCUAAAGGACAAUGUUAUAAAAGAGUUGCGAAAUGAUUUGAAAUGUGUCAAUACCAAGCUAAUUGAUAACGGCUUAAGUAUUUGUGGUACAUGUGCCGGAGCUUCGUCCAAUUAUAGUAUGCCACCGAUCAACUUGGAGGAACUGUCGUCACGAAGUGCUUCGACACAAGUGUCUGCUGGGUUAAAGUCAUGCAACCAGGUUUCAUUUAUUGCUGAAAAUUUAUCUUAUGAUUCAUUGAGUAAUGCCGGUCAAGUGGAACAACAAAGGCUAAAAGCUCUCGAAAUUGAAUUAAACGAACUUUUUCAAGUUACUAAGGAGUUUAAAAGCCAAAAUCUAGAAUAUCAUCGAAAGCGACUGUCGGAUAUUUUAAACAAAUCAGAAAGUGAAAAAGCAGAAGCCUAUAGAAAGUUAGACUCCAUUCGUAAGCAGCUCAUUAACUUAGAAGCUUCUACCGCAAUGUCGUUUAAAAGCUGCUGCAAUGAUUCUGAUUCAGGCUUUAGCUCUAAAUGCGACAGUAAUCAGGAUGCUAAGAUAUUUGAUGCUCUUCGAAAUCGUUUACAACGUCUAAAUGAAAUGAACAUGGCAUUGAAUCAUCGCGUUCAAGCGCUUACAAUUGAAAAUAAUGAACUAUCGACAUGCUUAAAAACAGAGCAGACUUUUGCAAAGAGGAAUAGUGAUACACUAAAGACUCUAGCUGAUAUGAUUUGUGGAAUGUCGGACCAGGAAUUUGUCUACGAUGAAAUUUAUGAUAGAAAUUCUGAGUCUAACCCUUUCUGUCAAGCCAUCAUAAAAAUGAAAUACGAUUUCGAGGAAAAGGAAAGUAAACUUAUGAAUAGCUCAUCAAUCACACACGAACAGAACGAAGAUCUUCGAUGCCAGGUACAGCAACUGCAGGGUACUAUUUUGGAAAAAGAGCAAUGUAUAGGAAAGCUAAAUAGUAUGCUGGACCAACUGCGAUACGAACAACAAUGUUCUAACGACUGUUGUCUUAAAGCUAAAGACAAGGAAAUACGAGAGUUGUGUCAGAAGUUGGAACAGGCGAAUAAGAAAGUUGAAUCACUUGUAUGUGAACUAGAACAAAGCCAAAAGCAGGAGCGGUUUUUGCUUUGCGAAACUCGUAAACUGAACGAAGAAUUAAAUGACAGUAAACGGAAACACGAUAACUUAAGUACGCAGUUGCAUCGAUUAAAUAAACUAUUGAAGUCACAAAACGAUUGUCGGACAGAUAUUUGUAAAAAAUACGAAGAACUGGAACGGAAUUAUGAGGAUCAGGCGAAACAGUUACGAGCCGCCUGUGCGCAAAUGAAUUGCCUACAAGAACGUUUAGCACUGAUGGAUAAACGACAAGAGGAGCAUAACAUGGAGCGUAAUCUAUUAAGAGAUGAGGUACUCGCUUUGAAAGAAAAAGAGGCGAAAUUACUAAAUAAACAAAGAUGUCUGGGGGAUAAAUUAUUGAAGACAGAAAAUGAAUUAUAUACGGCGCACGAUGUAAUGAAGGAGCAGCAACAUAUCAUGCAACGCAGUGAAUCAACACAAAAAGACUGUACAAAGCGACUUCAAGAGGCGAACAAUGAGCUAAAGCGACAAUUCAACGUACUUUGCGAUGACUACAAGCAACUCGAGAAUGAGUACAGAAAACAAUGUGAUCUACGCAAACAAAAUGAGAAGGUUAUUGACUCAUUUCGAAAAUGGAAGGAAGCACAGCUUAAAGCAGAUGACGCGACUCGAGCAAGUUUUAAACAGUAUGAGGGACACAUUAAACUUUUACUUGAGGAAAAACAACAAUUCACCGAACAGUAUCGUUGUCUGCAUGGAGACUACCUUGCGCUGCAAAAUGAAUUAGAAAGAAUAAAAAUGUGCGCCUUCAGAUUUAGCAAUUCUGGACCUUCUUCGAAUAUUUCAGAAAAAUCGAUGCCUCAGCGCAUUGAAUUAAUUCGAAGCACAUCAUUGCGCGUUUCACAGAAGAGCAGUUCUUUACAAUGUGAUGACACAACCCAAGAAGCAUCUGCUUCGACAAAUCAUCUGUGAGGUUACUCGCUAAACAUGAUCAUCAAGCAAUAAAGUAUAAUAACUUAGUUAUUUAGGAAAGCUGUGUAGCGCGCCACUUCUUGGGAUAUUCACCAUUGAAAGCUCCAUAACAGAAAUACACUGUCGACGAAUGUGAAUCACAUGUAUAAUACCUACUUAAUUAAUUUGAGUAUAUUAACUAGUUGUGUUCGAAGUUACUAAAUGUGGGUAUAUGUAUACAUAUAUUAUAUUUAUCUAUGCAUAUAUAUAUGUACCAACUAUACAAACAAAUUAAAAUAUUUUUAGUACACAUAUUUAUUUUUUGACAAUGAUCGUUUUAUGGUAAAUAUGUAUAUCACAUACUAUACGUAUCAAAGCAGAAUAUAUUGCUUUUAAAUUAGAUUAGCACGCAUUCAUAAAAAAUGUAUAUUUAUGGCAACAAAAAUCAAAAUGUGGAAAUAAAAAGACACCAUUUUAAUUAAA